UUUCCAUGGUGCGUAAAUAGCAAAAUGGCGGCUUCCCUUCAAGUCACAAAGUCAGUUCACUUUUUAUUGCUUAAAUCAUGACUUCUCUCAAGAACUGUGACCCGCAGUUAAGACGAUAUUUGCUUGUGCAUCGGCUUCCUGAUAUAUUUGAGGCUAUUGUCAGUGCUUUAGCUGUCAACUGCCCAAGGGAUCCACAGGCAUUUAUUCUUGAGAAAUUAAAACUCAUCAUAAAUUAUGAAGAGGUCCUGGAUGAUUUGCGAUGGGAUUCUUUUAUUGAUCAGAAAAAUCGUCCCAAGAAUAGGGUUGUGAAGGCCUCAGUUUUGGAUUUUCUGUGGUCAUAUGAAGAUGAAAAUUCACAGCCUACUCCUGAAAUGUACCAAAAAGCCUACAACUUGUACAAUGGUAAACUGAAGAAAUCAUGUUUCAGUGCCUGGAUGCGUUAUCACAAGUACAUGAGGAGAAAGAAAGCUUUAUUGGCCAAGAAACUAGAGAAUGCUCAGAUUUGGCAUCAGCGUAGAGUACAAAGAAUUCAUCUUGAAUAUUGGAUUGCAUGGGUUUCUGAGAGAAAGGAGAGGCAAAAUGUGAUCUCCACAAGGAUCCGCAGAGUCCUUGCAAUCUCAUUGUUGCGUGUGGUGUUUGAUGCAUGGCAUAGUGUUGCUGUGGAUGCCAGGAAGACAAAGGAGUAUUUUGAGCGGAUUGAAAGAGGAGAGAUCAUUGAUUCAGGGUAUGAAGGAUUCUUCCGUGUCAGAGCAGACGGAAAAGAUGAAAUUUCAUCCCUACCAAGACAUGUGGCGUUAAGGAUUUUCAGUUACCUAAGCGUGGGUGACUUGGGACGCUGUGCUCGGGUCUGUAGAAGCUGGAAGGUGUUGAUUCAAGCCAACAUACUCUGGAGUAAGGUUGAUUUCUCCAUUGUGAAACACAUUGCAACAAAUAAAGUAGCAGCCAACGUUAUCCACAAGUGCCGUCCAUUUCUGGGGCAUUUGAAUCUUCGCGGAUGUUACAAUUUAUCGAGUGAAAGCAUCAAACUUACUGCUCAGUGCAGAAAUCUGCAAGAUCUUAACUUAUCAGAAUGCUCAGGGGUUACGGAUGAAACAGUCAAGAGUGUUGCCAUGGGUUGCACUGCUUUACUCUAUCUGAACUUGGCCAGAACGCCUGUUUCUGAUGCGUCCCUCAGAUAUCUCGGAAGAUACUGUUCAAACAUGCUGUACCUGAGCCUGGCUUUCUGCACAAAGUUUACCAAUAAAGGUCUUAGUUACAUGGCGAAUGGUAAAGGAUGUCACAAGAUUGUUCACCUUGAUUUGUCAGGAUGUGAGCAGAUAACAGAGGAAGGCUACAAAUAUAUUUCCAUGGGUUGUGGUACUUUGACAACGAUUAUUUUGAAUCAGCUGCCAGGAUUGAGGGACGAGUGUAUACAGGCAUUGACAUCCGAAUGUCGCACAUUGAAGAACGUUUCGAUCAUGAACUCGCCAUUCUUAUCGGAUGCUGCAUUCAAAUGCCUGGCAUCGUGUAAGAAACUUAACAAGAUUAGAGUCGAAGGAAACAAUCGUCUCACUGAUGCAUCAGUUAAAGUGUUGGCCAGAAGCUGUCCUCUGCUUGAACACGUGUACCUUGUGGACUGCCCCAGAAUGACUGAUCUGGCUCUUAAGGCAUUAGCUACUUCCAAGCAUCUUCAUGUGGUCAAUGUCGCAGAUUGCGUUCGGAUACAAGACACAGGAGUGAGGCAGAUCGUCGAGGGCCCGUCAGGCGCUAAGCUGAAAGAGUUGAAUCUAACGAACUGCGUGCGAGUCAGUGACGUCACGUUGUUAAGAAUCGCACAAAGGUGUCACAAUCUUGUGUAUGCUAGUUUUUGCUAUUGCGAGCACGUGACGGACGCCGGGGUAGAAUUGUUGGGUACCCUCCCCUCCCUCAUGUCACUGGAUUUGUCCGGGUGUAACAUUCAGGACCAAGGUGUUGCAGCGCUUGGUAACAACCCGCGCUUUCGUGACAUCACGCUUGCUGAAUGUCCAAAUAUCACUGACCUGGGUCUGCAGAAAAUGUGUCAGCAGUGUCGACAAUUGGAGAACUUCGAUGUUUCCCACUGCAAGGGUUUAACUGAUAACGCCAUCAAGAACCUCGCCUUCUGCUGUCGAUUACUUCGCACGCUGAACCUCGCCGGCUGUAACAAGUUAACAGAUUCAAGCCUUCAAUAUUUAUCAGGUGUUUGUCAUUAUAUUGAGGCGCUAGAUCUAUCUGGCUGUAUUCAUAUAACAGACAAAUCUUUACGGUACUUGAGGAAAGGAUGCAAGAGAUUGUCCUCUUUGACGAUACUCUACUGUAGAAAUGUUUCAAAGUCUUCUGUUCAGAAGCUUCAAACCAAAUGCGGACACGUGCUCCACAGUUCUGACGAUCCAUCGCCAGCUCUAGGAUAUUAGCUGACCACUCACACAGAUGGCUCAAGUCCCUCAGAGGUCCAUGGGAAUGUGUACUAUUAGAGUCCAUUCCAUGCUCUCGUGUUGUUUCAACAGAAAGAUAGAGUUGAAAAUUUCAUCGUUCUAAUUGCCUCGUUGAAACGGUGCUUUAGAUAUUGUUGUACAUAGGUUUACAAGAAAUACAAUUUCUUGUUUCAAAAUUCACACAACUUUGUUUAAGUAAAGAAAGUUGAAAUUUAUUUCAAGAAUGUAAAAAAGAAUUCAAUA